CAGCAGCUAAAUUAUAACCCUUCUGCAGUGCCUUCCGAGAAAAAAAUACACUGCCCAUGAUGUAAAUUCACGUAACGUUGCGCAAACCUUUCACCCCCUCACAAGAAUAGACUAUGCCGGUCGGCGGGGUCACUCGCAUGUAACCCACAUUACGACGACCACGCAUCAUUUGACCGCAGCAUUCACGGAGAUCUGACGACAUCCAGCGGUUACUUUUUUAAACAAAAAUGUGCUAUCUUGUUGGAAAAUCAUUGCUUGACGCGGUACACUGAAUAUUCUUCGUUAACACUCUUUAUACGUGGUCAGGAGUCGCUGACUUGUAUACACACCAUCCAGUUGUCGAGGAACUUUACUUCGCCAUGUGUAUGCCAUAUCGCUAUAAACUUUAUAUGUUCUUUGACAUUUAGAUGUUUUGAUAUCUAUUUUUUCCUUUACGUGUUAAUCAGGUAUGGUCAACAGCGUCCUACAAAUUUCUUGAUUGGGAGAUUCUGAAGGUGUAAAUGAAUCGAUAGAUUCGUCUACCUAUAACUUGGUCAUUUGUUUGUUCUGAUACGCUGUGUCGGUCAGUGGCUUUUCGUGACCUCACAUAACCUUUGGUUUGUCGGUUCGCGACCCGAUGGAGUAAAGUGAAAGACAGAAGGAUAGAAGUCACGCAACGGAUAAGUAAAAAAGCAUUUAGCAGGUGCAGACCUAUGCUUUCCCAUGAAUCUGCGCAAACUGUCCGCCAUCUUUGUUUAUAGUCUUUGUCCAGAUAUAGAAAACCCGUGAGGAUCACCGCUUUAAUGAACCUACCAACAUCAUGUCACGGCGAAAACAAGGCCGGCCACAACAGAGAAAGACUCUGGAAACACUGGAACAAGAGAAUGAUCUUUUAGUAUGUGGGCUAUGCCAGACAAAUUUCCCUUUACAAGACAUCAUCAAAUUCAUACGUCAUAAGGUCACCCGAUGUAACAAAGAGAAUGGUGAUGUCGAAACUUCAGAGUUUGAGGACGGCGAAGAGCCGGACCCUGAGUCCUUAGCCAUUAGCUCGAAGCGGACCAGCAUCUCUGCCCCGAUAACAAGGAAAGAACACUUUGAAAGCCGAUUAUCCCCCAGGCCGACCUCCGAGUCCAGUAUCACUUUGAAAGAUGUCAAGUUGCGGGACGAAAACUCCCAGUCCAAUCUCUUCUCAGAUAGAGACUGUUCCAGCCGGUCCCCUUUUAGAACAUACACUAAUGACAAAAGCUGCAAUACAGAAAUCACAGAACCGACGAGCUUCCUUUGUGAAAAGUGUAGGGGCACGUUUGAUUCAUCUUGGGUUCUUCUCCAACACGUUCAGAGAGACCAUGGAAUGAAAAUAUAUUCAGAUUUUACAUCGUGCCCGACACCCCCAAAACAAGCUCGUACCCAGAACUCCUCAGGCGAAAAAUUGUCGCAAAAUCGAAAUUCGCCACAUCCUCCUCGAAAUCCUAAUAGUCAGCGGGAUAACAAAGAUCAUGAAGUGAAAGACCGCGACAGCUCAUUACAACAGCUGCCUCACGAAAUUCAUAGGGCUCCCUCUACUCCAAGUUCAGGAAGCGUAGAGAGUGGACAUGGUCCUCAUCGACAAUCGCCACAAAAUCCUUUUCUCAAUUUUAGAUUUCCACCUUUUGAUCGUCCUUCUUUAUCUCCAGGUCCUCUUUUUCCAAGAGUACCAGGUACAGACUUCCCUGCCAUCCCAGUUAGUGAGGCUCUACAUUUACAACAGAGAAGCAUAUUAGGGUUUCCUCCAGCUAUUUUUGAUGCAGGUCGGCCUUUCCCUUCUGCAUUAAGUAAUAUUUAUGACAGACAAAGACCUUCUUCGAUAGGGAUAGAAGACUCCUUUUACUCAGAAAGAUUAAAAGAAUUAGCAAGAGGUCCAACUUCACCGGUUCGCAGGCAAACACCUCCUUAUUCUCAGGCAAGAUCAGUUUGUAAUAUAUUUACCCCUCUGACAACAUCUACGAACACAACGCCGACAGAUACAAAGAAAGAGCAUGGAUCUGGAAGUUUGACCCCACCAAACAAAAUGAAAUCAUGCGAGUUUUGCGGCAAGUCUUUUCGAUUUCAGAGCAAUUUGAUUGUACAUCGCCGUUCUCACACCGGAGAAAAGCCUUUCAAAUGUCGUUUAUGUCCACACGCAUGUACCCAACAAAGCAAGCUCAAACGUCAUAUGAAAACUCACAUGAAAUCGCCUGUGUCCAAUGUUUCAAACGAAGGCAGCAUUGGUUCUGGAAGCAGCACACCCGAAAAUAAAAAGUUUGACGAAAAAGAUGAAUAUGACGACGAAGAAGAGGAAGAAGAAGAAGAGGAGGAGGAAGAAGAAAUGGAAGAAAUGGAAGAAGAAGAAAAUCCUGAGAUAAAUGAGGGCUCGGGUGACGAGAAAAAAAAUAGCGAAAGCAAAGGUGGCUUGUUAGCGGCAAAGCUUCUACAAAAUUCAGAUCAAUCUCCUACUGACUCAGAAAGAAAGCUAGCAGAGUCUUACGUCAGUUCUGGUACCUCUUUGUUGACAGAGGUUAUGAAGUCAAGUGGACUUCGUAAUUUACACGUUUACAACGAAGCCUUCAGACAAGCUCUCGCUGAAAAUACAGAUCUGAAUAUCAAGAAAGAAGUGUCUUCGCCAAACGAUGCACGGGAGGAUUCGCUCACUAACGGAAACAGUGUUAGUGGAAUAAAAGAAGAGUCGAAAGAUAGAAAUAGCCGUCCAUCGUCCGUCUCUGAGCAAGAAACAUCCAAAGGAAACAAAAACGAAACAAACGACGGACCUUUGAUUAACAGCGUUAGCGGUAUGGAAAACGUAUUUUCACCAAUAUGGCAGUACCAUGGUCAACAACCGCAUGAAUUUUUCCCACUCAUCCCUUCAUUGAACAACUUGAAUAACUUUCGGUAUGAGGCCAGAGAUCCGAAUCACAAUGGCUACAACAGCCCGAAUCAUGAAAGUGCCUUGAAGUCGCUCACAGUUCAAGGCGGAAUCCCCAAACCAGCGUCGUCCAGCAACACCACAUUGGAUUCAAAUGGUAUACCGUCCGCCAGCCCAAGAAGAGACAGGACACGAAAUGAUACGUGUGAGUACUGUGGAAAGAUCUUUAAAAAUUGCAGUAAUCUGACCGUUCACCGUCGUUCUCAUACUGGAGAAAAGCCCUACAAGUGCGAAUUAUGUAAUUAUGCAUGCGCACAAUCGAGCAAGCUCACUCGUCAUAUGAAGACUCACGGAAGAAUAGGAAAAGAUGUCUAUAGAUGCAAGUUUUGUGGUAUGCCUUUCUCCGUUGCGAGCACCCUAGAAAAGCACAUGCGGAAGUGUGUCGAAAAAGGCUCAGGGAUGCAAGGCUUUGGGCGUCAAGAUAUGGACUCGGAUAAUUCAAACUCCGUUGCCACGUCAGGAUUGCAUGACUCGCCCAAUUCCCUCGUUUUAACGAAUUCUGUUGCUCAAUAGGAAUUCGUCAUUUUUGCUCUUCUAGUGUGGCAAACAAACUUUGUAUCGAAUACUCGCUCUCUGUUUUUAUAUUAUCAAAUUUCUUGUACGACUUAGUAAAAAUGAUUAAUUGGCAAUACUAGGACUGAACAAUAUUGCUUAGACGACUCGGCUUUGACAUAUGCUUUUACAUAAACGAUUUAUAUCCCGGUGAUUAUCAUUUUCAUACAGAAGACCAUCGUAUGGUUUUAGUCAUAAAAUUUUGCCAUAAUAUUUGUGUACCACGUGAAGCAGGGUACUUGAUGUCAGAGACGAAUGAUCGCUUUUCACUUAGGUGUUUUAUUAUAUUUGUGUGUAUUCUACAAUGAUGUCUAUCUUAUUGGUAAUUAUUGGUGCUUCAUUAUGAGAAUGUUAAUUCUGGCGAAAAUUUUCUCUUUAUCCUUGUAAUGUGUAUGUAUUCCUUUCUCCGAUAUUGUUUUCAUCCAGAUAGAGUAUAUUUUUGUUGUAAUUUUUUUUGUGCUGAAAAGGGUUGUGGAUUGCAAUGGUACACUUUUUAUAGAAAAACAUAUUUGCUUGGAAGAAGUCUGCAGUGUGACUUUAAACUGCAUUUAAUUUUCAUUUUAAUGUAUAUUUUUGGAAAGAAAAUCCCGGUUUAGUUGUUUACGAAAAUGGCAUGUAACUGUUGAAUGGCGAUUGGUACCAAUUUUAUCGGUACAUUGAUAUAGUUUCAAAAACUUCACAAAGUAGAUUUUAAGACACAUUUUUUAUGUUUUGAAAUGGCUGCCAUAUUUGACACUGUAACAAAUUAUUGCCAAGGGCUUUCAAUACGGAGAAUGGAAAUACAGCUUGACUAUUGUGAUCAUAUAGAGAAGGUAUUACAUCGGAGGAGUGAACUUAUUAUUUCAGAGCUCAUGAGGGUUAUAGACGGCAGAACGGUAACAGGAUACUAAAAGACUGCAGUGAAAAAGAAACUGAGGCAGCAAUACACUUACAUUGCAGCAAAUAUUUGGUGCCCAAGUCCAUCUGACCUAUGUCCGCUAUAUUCUUGAUUUAUAAUACCCAGUGCCUAUUGUGUCCUUUAGACUUGGAUUAAUGAAAAAACGUUAGCAUUACAGCCAUUGAAAACAAUGACUUUGUAAGAGAGACGAAAAAUGUUAAAAUAUUUAUUACCGGCAGCUUUGAAAUUUCAAACGUAUUUUGAUUUUAUUGUUGGUAAUACGCUGCAAAUACAUAAAGUCAAGAAAUGGUUUAUCUUUAUUUUCUGUAUAUUGUGCCAUUGCUUUUUAGAAAUUAGAUGAAGAAAUUAUUUAGUUUGUUAGAUUUAGGAAAGUUUUUCUAAUUUUUUUCAUACUUUUCAAAAUAGUCUUAAGGUUCAUACAUUUUUUUUCACUUUGAACAAGUAGUUUAAAAUUGUAUAGCAUUUUCAGCUAUAAAAUACUGGCUUUGUGUAGUAUAUGACUGUGCAACGCAUGAUUCUAAAUAUAGCAUGUUUUUAGGGAGAAUGUAUAUAUAUACAUAUAUAUGUAGGAACCUUAUUUGGUGUUUGAUGUUUGGUUGCCCAUUCCUUUUCAACUUACAUCCAGUUUUAGGAUGAACAUAUUGUGCCAUAGCAAGGUUUUGCAUGUAAAAGAAUACAUUGCCGUGACUUGCAAUAUUGUGUUAUGUUUUCCCCAGUUUGUUUACAUUUACUAUCAGGCGCUAAUUUAAAACAAAAUUCUUGUUCGUUUUUUGCCAUAAUGUUUUAUUUGUUUUUCGAAGUUUUAAUUGACAUUAAAACGCUGAAAAGAAGAACUGCACCGUCAGUCUAAAAAGGAUAUACAGACUAAGAUUAUAAUGCAAAUAAAAUGCUACACUGAUGACGCUUUUCGAAAUUUCGGUAUCACUGUUAGUUAAAUUUACUGAAUCUAACAACUGAAAGUUUUUCCUAAAAAGUUAAAAUACUAAGAAAUGCUUUAUUAUUGUUUGCAUUGUAACAUUGUAAUGUUGCUUAGUAAUAAAAAGUGCUGCUUGUUUCAACUUUUUAUAUUGUGAAACUUUUCAAAUAAGCUUAAUUGUGCCAUAUCGGUUAACUGUGAAUAUAUUUUGAAUCCUUGUUUAUUUGUUUUUUUUAACAAUUUGUAAAAUACAGUAGUAAAGUAAUGAUUUUUAAGAUUUUUCCCAUUUUAAGUAGGUCUUAGAUGACAAUAUGUACUUUUUUUUAUUGACACAAUAUUUUAUCAAUUAAAAUGUAUCUAUGAAAUAUGCAUUUGGUAUAUGUAUUGGCAAGAAUUGGUGCAAAUGAAAAUAUAGUGCUAAAUUUGUUUUCUUUUGAACAUCAGACUUGAUAUAUUUUGGUGCAUUUGUUUGUUGAAAAAUUGUAUUUUGUGAAUUCAUGUCCUCAUAUAAGUUAUAAAUUUGAAAUUGGUAUUUCUAAUAGAAUUUGAAUAUACAUUUAUUUUCUUUUAUUGAUGUGUUCACCAUGAAUGAAAAGAAAUUAGAACAAAUUGGAUUUAAGUCAGUUGAUUUAUGUACUUAAUUCAGAGCAAUUUAAGUAGUACUGUCACGUGGUACACGAGCAGAUGUUGAUCUCUAAAUUGUGCGCAUCAUUUUCUCGUCAUUUUUAUGCAUAUACAUCCAAAUGUUCUGAAUUCUGUCGUGCCAUACCAUUUUUUCAAUGAGAAUAUUUUUAUUAAUUUAUACUUAUUGUUGAAAGCCUAUAAGUUACUCAGUGUCUCAGAUAAGAGUUUGUUCAAUUGAAUUGUUUUGUCUUUUAUGUUUAGUUCUUGGUGUUAUCAAAUGCUGCCAUGUUUUGGAUUCGAAUGUAGUUAAUUUUUUUUUAAUUUCAUUUUAUCAACAAACAGUUUUAGAUAUUCAAUAAAGUCAGUUAAUUGCUUUUCUUUAGCUCGAGCACCUAAUUAGUUUUCCUGUUUUGUGUGUUUCAAACGUAAGUUCCGUUAAAGCACAGUUACCCAUUUGCCUCUGUUAAAGGAUUUAACAGUUGUUUUUUUUCUCUUUUUGAUUUUGUAUAUCACCGUUUGAACAAAACGUGUUGUGGUUUAUUUGUUUAGAUAAUAAUCAACGAAGAACUUUCAUGCUAUGAAAUUUUCAAUUACUAUUUAUUGUCUUCAUAUUAUUUACCCCCCAACUUAUAUAGAGAGAUUUUGGGUUUCAACUGGGGUUUUUCCAUGCAUUUUUAAAAAAAAAAAAUCAAAUCCUAUCUCUGCACUUAAAGAACAACAGAUUGUAUGAAAUGUGGUAUUAUUACCAAAUAAAAUGAAAAAAAAAAUAAGUUUGGAAAAUAUGCGACAGUGCAACGCAUGGAACAACCCCAGCAGCGAUGGUUUCUAUUUCUCAUUUUAGAAUCUUUAAGGGAUGUCAUCAAAAUUUUUCAUGGAGAUUCUUAAGGUAAUUCGGUGGUUUCGACUAACAGACAUCCCUUCAAGAACUUUUUUUAUUGGACCCAUCGUUUCCCCUGUACAUUUGAUGUACUUUACUCGUCCAAUAAUUAAGCUUGUUGUAUUUAAACUGUGAAUGUUUGUAUGAAAGUACAAAGUACAGUGUAAAAUUUAAUAAACAUUUUAUCUCUUCGGCAAA